GUUCAUUUAAUUCGUAUUAUAUUUUUGUGCAAUAAUAUUUUGUUUUAAUAUUUUUGAGAAUCACCCUAAUGUUCUUAUUGUUUGUUAUUUGCCUUUAAAACUAACGGUACAAUAUUUUUGAUCUCUUCUUUGAGUAAUUUUGUUACUAAUGUUGUUGAUGUUAAAUGUUUGAGUAAUUUAAAUCAAAGCAUAAGAAAUUUGUAUAGUAUGAUGAACAAGUGGUUUGACCACUUGUAAUAAAUCAGUUGCAGUUAAACAACCAAAAAGUCAAGAACUUUUAUUUUUCGCAAACAUUUUUGGUGACCCCGACGUGAUAUACAAACGUACGCGUAUAUGUAAAUUUGUGUGUGCUUUCUUAACUGCACUUGAAAAGAAAAAUAAAUUGUUUUUGUUAUUAAAGUAAAAAGUAAAAGUAAACUUUUUAAAUAUUGUGGUGACUGUACAUUUUUUGGAGUUCUAUUUUUUUGUGAGCCCUUCGCUGCAUCAUAAACAAAACAAAUAAAGUUAUUGUGUGAGAAUCAUUGUUAAUGCCGUUAGCUGCGUACAAGAACAGUAUAGUGAAUAAUUAUUAAAAUAAAAUAUUCAAACUAAUUAAUCGGAGUUUUAAUUAAUUAUGGAAGCGUUGAGAAAUAAAAGAACCCAUCUUAAGGGUACUGCUACUAGACUGGAGAACCUUCUUAACCAAGUUAAUAAUGAAACUUCGCUGUUUGAAAUGAGAGCUAGAUUGGAAAGACUGGAAAAAAUUUAUGACCAAUUCCAGUCACUUGAUAUUGAAAUGGCUGCACAUGGCGAAAAUAUGCCAGAACGUGAAGGUGAAUUGGAAGAAUUUGAGUCACGCUACUUUCGAAUGAAAACUAAAUACACAGAGAUUAUAGAUGCCAGGCUGCACUCAUCUAAUAUUGUUGGAGAUCCUCUAAAUUCAACAACUAUGCAUCAUGAUGCAAAAACUUCUGGAAGCUCAAAGUGCCUUUUUUGAAAAAUUCGCUGCGCUACAAAUUAAUCAACAACAAGUGCCUCAAACUGGUUUAUCUUAAACUAUGAAUUCAACAAAUCCAUCUGCUGAUGUGCGUCUACCAAAAUUAAAUGUUCCAGUUUUUGAUGGAAAAUAUAGUGAUUUCAAAUCAUUUUUUGACUUGUUCACUAGCUCAAUCCACAACAAUAAUUCACUGGCAGCUGCUCAAAAGUUCCAAUAUUUAAAAGGAUUAUUGAAGGAUGAACCCGCUAAUCUUAUACGUCAUCUUCAAGUUACUGAUAAAAAUUAUGAAGAAGCCCUGAUGAAGCUACAAGAAUGCUACGAUAAGCCUUCAUUAGUGGUUGACUCAUUUAUUGAAACUUUUUUAUAUAUUCCAAAAGCUGAUAACACUGCAAGUCUACGUCAUUUAUCCAAUGUUGCUGAUGAGGUGGUUAAUUCAUAUUUUGAGCAAAAAAAUUGAUCGAGAAUCCCUACAAGCUUGGGCAGAACAUUGUGGUAAAGUAUUAUUCCCUUCGCUGGACAGUUUUAUCACAUUUAUUAAUAAAAGAUGUGAUGCUUUGGAACGUUUACCAUCUACAAAUAAACAUUUACAAAAGAGUAAAUCGAUUCGCGCUUAUACUAGCAACAUGAAAAAGGGAUGCGUUGUUUCUACCCAAAACCAUCAUUCAUCUUAUUGCCCUACGUUCAAUAGAGUUGAUACGUCUUCUCGAAUUGAAAUAAUAAAAGAGAAGAAUUUGUGCUUUAACUGCCUGAAACCAAAUCAUCGAGUACAAAACUGUCCGUCAAGAAUUACUUGUGAAGUUUGCCAUGGUCAUCAUCACUCUUUAAUACAUUUGGAGCAUAAGCCGCCAGCUAACUCUUCAACUAAGGUAAAAAAGCCAGAGGAUGAACUAACAAAAAAGACAGCUGCUGCUAAUACAACCUUCCUCAUAUCUGAGGAUUCUUCGGUGAAUUUAUCAACAUCAUCUGAGAAAAGUGUGCCCAAAGAUUAAGCCUAGUAAGAAGCCCUUCUAAAAUUUACGUAAGUGGACUGGCUAAUAUGAAGGCUGGAGCAACGAGAGGUAAAGUUUAACUUGAAGUCAAAUCUGUACACAGUGAAGAGAUAUUUUUAUGCAAGCUCAUGUAUUUAACAAUUUAACUUCUAAAUUACCAUGUACAAAUUUAAUAUUUAAUUGCUGGGAUGAUUUAAAAAAAACCUACCAUUAGCUGAUAAUAAAUUUUAUAUACCUAAAUAUAGUGAUAUUAUUAUUGGAUUUGAUUACUUUUUCUCAUUCAUAAAAGAGGGCAGUAUUUGGAAAGAUGGUAAUUUAGUUGCCCAAAAUACAGCCUUCGGUUGGGUAGUGUGUAGUGGAUGUUCGAUGGAAGAUUCCUUUGCCGUAUUCUAUACAAUGAAU